CUCCGAGCGAAAGACCGCAUAGCACUUGCAAGUUGCUGCUCCAUCCGCCGCUCUUCUCUCUUCAUUUCUCAGCGAUGGCGACCGGGGCUCCGGCGAAGGUCUCGCCGGACGUCCCCCGCGAGCGCGUGGAGGUGAUGUGCCGCUUCUUCGAGAAUACGGGAGUUUCCGAUCCCAUUCCGCCUCCGUACGCGGCUCCCGACGGCUACUCCGACCUCCUCCGCGUCUCCCUCAAAGCCGAUCAAGUCCGGCGGGGCAAAGUCUCUUGCCACCUCUCCGUCGGACCUCCUCUCCUGAACACAUAUGGUGGAUUGCACGGAGGAGCUGUUGCUGCCGUUGCGGAGAGAGUGGCAAUUGGUUGCGCUAGAACAGUCAUGCGCGAGGAUAAAGAACUGUUCCUUGGUGAACUGAGCAUUUCUUAUCUCUCAGCUGCCCCUGAAAAUUCCGAGUUGGUCAUUGAUGCUUCAGUGGUGAGGACUGGAAGAAAUGUGACUGUAGUUGAGGUCAAUUUCAAAUUGAAAAAGUCUGAAAAGCUUGCCUUCACUGCUCGAGCUACCUUUUUUAAUAUGCCCCUUGCCAAGUUGUAAGAAUCUGAAGCAUAGUAUGGGCAAAAUCCAUGUAUGUAACAAGAGAACCUGCUGCUGCAUCAAGCACCAAUGGUAUGCCAUUAUGGUAGGUUGAUAAACUAUGACUCUGCUAGUGCCAUAUUUGACAUUGCAGGUUGAUUUGUGAAUUUUUCUAGUGUACAUGUUUUUCUGCAGAACAUAGCGAUGGACUCUGCAAUAUUUUGCUUGAAUAGCAUCGAUUCACUUGAGGGUGUA